ACCAGGCUUCACCCCUACUACGUAUAACCACCUGUCGUCGUCACUUAGACAUGUCUUGGAAAGCGAGCUUUCAGCAGGGUAUCUCUAACUUCAAGAGAAAUCAAUACUCCGAAGCCCUUGCAUUCUUCGAUGAAGCCAUUUCACUCGGUUGUGACUCCUUCACCGUUUAUGAUUCUCGUGCCGCUGUGCACGAGAAGCUUGGGAACAAUAAAGCUGCUCUCCUUGACGCGAAGAAAGUCGUGGAUACUGCUCCAGAUCGUUGGCAAGGCUAUGCUCGCUCAGCACGUCUGUUUCAUGCGCUUACCAAGAACGAGGCGGCCCUCAAAAUGGCCGACCUCGCUCUCGAGCGUAUCAAACCAGACGAUGCCCAACGUCGUCAGGGACUACACGCGCUGAAGUCACAAGCAACCGAUGCCUUAAAGGCUGCUGACGACAGAAGGCGAGCGCGCAUUGCAAAGACAGCAUACCACAUUGGCAAGUUACCUGUGGAAAUUUUUGCGGAGAUUUUUGGCCUCGUGGUUGCUGCCGACCAUGUGCAGAUCCUCAACUUGUCACAUGUCUGCAAACAUUGGCGCGGCAUAGCUAUUGAGACCCCUUCACUUUGGCAGACGCUGGUGGUUUCGAAGAAAUAUCCCACCAGAAAAGCACGAUUUUGGGUGCAGCGAGCUCGAACACAGAUAUCAGAUCUCUCUUUCCACCAUAAUAUAUCUGAGAUGGACUGGCCAUCCAUUCUCUUGGAGCUCACGCCAUUGCAUUGGCAUGGCCUCCGUUCUCUAGCAGCAUCUGGAAGCUUGUUCUCCCGACUAUACGAUAUGCUCCACAAAUUGUCCAAGACAAAAGCCAUUUCGCACCUCGAACAUCUGGAUGUCACAGGGUGUCCGAAUUUCGAGAGAUUCUUGCCAGACUUCGAAGAUUCUCACCUAGAUACCCUCAAAGUUGCCAAUUUUACCCCUUCGAUGGGCGGGCUGUGGAGUCGGGUGCAUCGGCUCAAAACCAUGAGCAUCGAGGCAGGAUGCAUAGAGAUAGUCCCGGCUUUGACCGCCAAUCCGUCAUUGGAGAAUCUCAUGCUCUGUGAUAUAGUCCCAAUCCCGAUGCAGUCAGGAGGCGAUGACCGUGUGGAACUUUCCAACCUCCGAUGCUUGAAAUUCUUCAACAUCGCAUCGAUCUCUAUGAUCACUCGCGUCGUCAUCGCACCCAAUUUGCAAGUCCUGCACUUGUUCAGCAUCGGACAUUCGUCUGACGUGCUGCUGGAAUUCGCGCACCCCGAUCCUCUUCGGGCUUUGAGGGAGCUCCGGAUUGGGAGCUGCACCACUACCGCCAGUUCGCUGAAAAUCAUCAUCGCUGGGGCGCCUUUAUUGGAAACCCUCCAGAUAUCAGGGAUACACGGAGUCGUUAAUGAUGUACUUGACUUCAUUUCCGGCACACAUCCAAACGAUCACCAUCAAGACAUGUGCACCUUCCUGAAGCAUGUCGACCUCACUAACUGUGGUGACUUGCUCACCAGAAAUGCUUAUUCCCUUGUCAAGACCCGCCUGCACACUGAUCAGCCCGCCACUGUAGAUGGGAGUCAGCCUGAGUGCAGGGCCGAAAUCGAGUCCUUGCGGUUAGAUGGUUGUCCUCUUAUUGAAGCAGAGAUGCUGCCAUGGUUCAGAGGGAAAGUGAAAGUGUUUAGCUGCGUGUAUAUGACGAAAAAGGAGGGCAAACAAAGACGUUGACGAGCCCUGAGUCUCGCCUGCACAGGGUACUUACUACGGUAUCUAGGGCUCAGUUAGAAGCAGACCUUAGUAGAGAACGAACGUCAAAUAUAUAUUCAUUCAAGUCUAAGGUCUGCCUAG